ACAAAAUUCUUGAAUUUUGAUAUGGCUGGGUGCUAAAAGUGUUCCAAUAUAUGUAGAAAAAACACAGUCAAAAUAUUUUUCCAAUACUUGAUGAUUUAGGGGUGCCACCACACAUCUGUUUUUGUUGGAUGAAGUAACAGUGCUCAAUGGUCGUCGUAGAGCUCUCAAAGACUGCAGCUCAAGAAAACAGAUCUUUAUAUUUUGUUUUGUGUUGGCUCUCACUGGGCCGACCACUGCUUUGGUCUGGGUGUCGGCACCACAUUGGUGAGGUCCUCCUGAACCAGGUUUUCACACACCUGAAGGUGGAGUCAUCACGCUCGCCAGAGGUUACCUUGUUCACACGUCUGAGAGAGAACUGGAAACUGUUACCACAAGAAUCCAGCACCCAAUGGUCCCGCUACAUUCCUGCCAACACCGAGCAACCAUUUCUGGGCAAGUUACGUGCUGAACUUCUCACGUGCGCAAAAGAAGUGAUUGACUACAAGCGAGGUGACUACCGUGAGUGUGUGCAGCUGUGUCUUGUGUUUCUGGAUGCAGAUGGUGAAGAGCAGACUGCACUGACCUUACAACGACCGGGAGCGCUCCACAAGGCACGAUGGAUGGCCAAGCUGCUCUACAGUCUCAAGCUGGCCUUGAUGGAGCAGCACAUCGCAUUGCUUCCCCAGGGCACAAUCACCACACGGCAGCAGGUGCCGAAGAUUCGAGCAUUUACCAACUUCAUCACACACAUCUAUGCAAAGUGGUGGCUGACCUGCGAGAAAGCUGUAGAUGCUGCCUGGAAUGACCUCACACUCUACCACCGCCUGCAGGCAUACAAGGCUGUAGAUGAGGCAUAUAAGGCACUAGAGAGGCAUCGCUGGUACCUGACAGGUGAGAUGUUACCCCUGGCUCUCUUCAGCAGCAAGGUGCCCAUUGAUGACAAGCGUGCACUUGCCAGUGCGAUCUUGGAGCACAAGUCAGCUGAUCUCCCCAUGCAUGUCCCACAGCAGCGCUUUGGCAAGCCAAAGUUCCCUGCCCUCUUGCCAACCACCAGCUUGCCCGACCUCGCCAAUACAGAUUGCUGGUUUGGGAUGCACCAGCUGAACAUUGAUCCAGCAUUUCUGUCUCUCGAUGUGAAGGAAUGGGCUACCAAUGCUGCGUUCAAAAAAAGUGAGGUCAAUGUCCAUGCAGUGAAUGUGGUCAAUGACUGUGCCGAGCGUGGCGUCAAGCUCACAUCUGACUUCGUUGCAGUGGCCAGGAAGGAGCAGCACCUGCAGAAUGUGCUGCAGGCAGUUGAACAUGACCGCAGCCAACAGCCAAACCUUCGCCGCUGCAAGCGCAAGCUAAUCCCUGAAUAA